AUGGGGGUGUCUUUGACCAAGCUUUUCAGCCGACUGUAUGCCAAAAAGGAGUUGCGGAUUGUUAUGGUAGGUCUUGAUGCUGUUGGUAAGACCACUGUACUGUACAAGCUCAAGCUUGGAGAAAUAGUCACUACCAUUCCUACAGUAGGAUUCAAUGUCGAGACAGUUGAAUAUAAUAACAUUAGGUUCACAGUUUGGGAUGUUGGGGGUCAACAAAGGUAUAAGAUUCGGCCAUUGUGGAGACAUUACUUUCAUAAUACUCAAGGUCUAAUCUUUGUAGUUGAUAGUAAUGAUCGAGAUCGUAUUGUUGAGGCUAGGGAUGUAAUGCAUAUGAUGUUAAACGAGGACGGACUAAGGAAUGCUGUGUUGCUUGUUUUUGCUAACAAAAAUGAUCUACGAAAUGCUAUGAGUGUUGCUGAGAUAACUGACAAGCUAGGACUUCACUCUCUCCAGCAACGCCGUUGGCACAUCCUGAGUACAUGUUCCACCUCGGGGGAAGGGCUAUACGAGGGGCUGGAUUGGCUCUCGGACAACUUUGCUGAUAAGGUUUGUGUCUUUGUUGUUGCCCCCUCAGAGAAAAUGGGGUUGUCCUUCACGAAGCUUUUUAGCCGGCUGUUUGCGAAAAAGGAGAUGCGAAUUCUUAUGGUAGGUCUUGAUGCUGCUGGUAAGACCACCAUAUUGUAUAAACUCAAGUUGGGAGAAAUCGUCACAACAAUUCCAACAAUUGGAUUCAAUGUGGAGACAGUUGAAUACAAGAACAUAAGCUUCACUGUUUGGGAUGUUGGUGGUCAAGAUAAGAUUCGACCAUUGUGGAGGCAUUACUUCCAGAACACUCAAGGGUUGAUUUUCGUGGUUGAUAGCAACGAUCGAGAUCGUGUUAUUGAGGCUAGGGAUGAACUGCAUAGAAUGUUAAAUGAGGAUGAGCUUCGGGAUGCAGUGGUGCUAGUUUUCGCUAACAAACAGGAUCUUCCGAAUGCUAUGAAUGCUGCUGAGAUAACUGACAAGCUCGGGCUUCACUCUUUUCGCGAUCGUCAUUGGUAUAUCCAGAGUGCGUGCGCCACCUCUGGAGAAGGCCUAUACGAGGGCCUCGACUGGCUCUCUAACAAUAUUGCUAACAAGUCUUAAACAAGAAAGCUUGGAUGCAUUUUGGCGCCAACCUUGUUCGAGACUACCCUUUUCC